AUGGACAGCUGCCUGGGCAUCUACCUGCUCAUCUACGCCUCGCCCGUCGUCUCCAUCAUCGCCUUCGUGCUGACGCUGAGCGUCGCCUGGAUCACCAACACCCAGCGCACCAUCGUCAGCGAUAUUCAAAUCAAGUCCAUCUGCCUGAUCGACGACUAUCUACAAGUGCUCGUGCCGCGCGGCAUCAGUCGACGCUUCAAGCGCGACGAAGUGGUACCAAUGGAGGAGCCCGAUCCGCCAGGGCGC